AUGGCCACGACUGAAUCACCUGAUAAAUCGGAUAAACUAAUAUCACGAAAGCGUGGGUCCGCGGCCUCAGGGUCGAUCUCUGGCGAUGCGUCAUCUCCUUCUAAGCUGACGAUGUUUAACAAAGCCAUAUCGCCCCAAAAGCUGCCAACAAAGAAAAGAAAAGUCUACAUUCAUCAGAGCGAUACAAACAAGAAGACUCCCACUCUUCUGCAUUUAUCGUCCGAUGUAGGGGUAGAUUUGGCUAGCGAUUUCGGUUCUGACGACGACUUCGACAUGCGUUUGCCUAUCUUGCCGCCUAGGAAGAAGAUUGAGCCCAUUAAAUCAAGUCCAGUGAAGAUUCCCCACAUUGUCGACGAAUUGCCAAAAUUGAAGGUUGAAACUUCAUGGAGAGGACACAAGAUUCCCGAGCCCUUGACGCGAGAUCAACUUGAUGAUGCAAUAGACCGCCAUAUGAAGUCAGUUGAACGUGUGCUAGACCCUAAGGUCCAGCUGCCUCGAUAUUACGAUCAGAUUAAACGGUUUCAAAAGACUCUGACGCGAGAAACUGUACGUGACAACGAAGAGCAAUGGCGGUUUGAAUGGAAGCAGUUUUACGGCGGGUACAUCGGUCCGGAGCGUCAGUUCUACAUUGGCGAUAAGAUCAUGACCAAAUAUUCUGAUCAAAUUCGAAAAACUGGUCGAGGAGAUGCGGUUGUGCAAUACUUGUGUGAGGACAAUUACGUCAAUUAUGUCCUUGCUUUAGAACUCAUCUUAGAGUUGGUAGCUGAACAAUUUGGCAUAAGUAUCGAUGAAGCCAUGGAUGCAAUUGCUGAGACACGAAAUUACGGAACCGAAAUAUCUGACAAAGUCAAAAUUGCUUGA